GAACGUUCACCACUCUUAUCCGCCAAUUCUCGGUCUUCAUGCGUCAUGAUCAAGAAGCAACUGGCGCCUUCCAUUAUAUCUUCUUUAAUUUGAAAGAGCGUCACUCCUAACUCUUCUUCACAUUCCUCAGGAAAAAUCAACUCCUUAGCCCCACAAUCUAUGAGGAUGCGAUUGGUAUUCAGCCAAUCCAUUCCCAGAAUCACUUCUAAGUCCUUGAGAGGCAAACAUAUUAAGUUUACCUUGUAUCUACGCCCCUCUACUUCAACAGAACAUCUAACGCACAUGGUAGACGUCCUGACCUCUCUAGCCGCUGGGGUUGACACCACCAAGUCGAACUGCAUCUCACUCUCGGUUAAUCCCAACUUAUCAACGCACGCCUUCGAGAUGAAGGAGUGUGUGGCCCCCGAAUCAUACAAAACACAGCAAGGAAUUCCAUGAACUAAGCAGGUACCAGUGACGAGCGUACCUGAGCUCGCUGCUUCUGCACCAGUGAUCGCAUAUACUCGCCCUACAGCUUGGCUCGUCCACCUCUUCCUUGCUGAGUCCUUCCCGCAUUCGGCGGCCUCAUCACUGCACGUCCGCCCAUAUUACACUCGUUCUCCAGGUGACCAUUUCUUUUACAACGAGUGCAAUAUUUCCCUCCAACCAACUGAGGGCAUGAAGAUCUGAAAUGGGGUCCUCCGCACUGAAAACAUCUGACCGGCCCUUGUUGAUUGGCUUGUCCAGUAACUACCAUAGAUUGUGAACCACUCGACUGGGCUGGACGAGCGUAUGGGGUCCUGUUCCUAUGCACAUUGGGUCUCGACAUAACUGGUACUCUCGACGCCUGUUGUUUCUUAUGUUGUUCCGCCUCAGCCAUAUUUUUCUCAAGUAUCUUAGCCCUCUCAACCAUGGCUGGGAACGUCCGAAUACAUAGACUGGAAAUCAAAACCUUGAGAUCACUCCUCAAUCCGUUCUCAAAUUUUCUACACUGCCACACUUCACUUGUGGCCAUAGUAUUGAAUCUGACGAGAUGUUUGAAUUUAUUGGUGUACUCCGAGACGGACAUAUUUCCUUGAACCAGUUGUAGGAAUUCCACCUCCUUUGCAAACCGUACGCUGUCAGGGAAGUAUUCCUCAUAAAAUUUGUUUCUAAAUACUUCCCAGGUGAUCGGUUGCUGCGCGUCCGUAAGAAUGGCUCUAGCGCUCGACCACCAAUGGCUCGCUUCUCCAGUCAGUAAAUACUCAGCGUACGCCAACCUGUUUUCAUCAGGGCAUCGUUUGGCAUUGAAGAUCUUCUCUAUAUCCCUCAACCACUGAUCCGCUUCGUUUGGGAGACCCUUUCCAUUGAAUUUAGCAGGAUGGUGUUGGAGGAAACUCUCCAAGCUCCAUUCGGCAGUAGGCGGGGCAGCGUUGGAAGAAGACGCCCCUGAAUGAUGCCUAGUCGCUGCUAAGAUCUCCAUUAGUUGUCUUUGUGUAGUUUCAGAGUUGGCACGUGAAGCUUCCAAACUCUGCAUGGCACUCUGAUUCUGCUGCAUUAGAGUGGCAUUUUGUUCCAUCAGUGUCGUGUUCUGCUGCUGUAAGCGGUCUAUCACUGUCUCCAACAACCUAGCGUUGUUGGACGCAUCAGGUUCGUUAGGUUGGGGUGGAGGAGGGAGUCUAGGUGCCAUCGUUUUCUGUACCAGAGAAAACGAACGUUAAAAUGUUUAAUAGUUAAAACAGUAACUUAUUAAACAUACGAUAAGCACACAACAAAAACGCAAUGCACUCAUAACCUACAGCGUUCUUAAGAGAACAAAACUGCUCUGAUACCAAUAAUGUAACAUCCCAAAAUUAUACAGUCAUCAACCAUAUACUUAGAAUAAUUACACGUAUCAAUAACCCAAAACAGUUUUAAAUUAAAGGAAACAGAUAGAAAUAAAUGGCCGAACGGCCUUUCAUACAUAAAUUAACGAGCGUUUAACAAAAAGGUAAGAACGAACGGUUUACAAAAAUAGUGACCGAACGUCCAACUAUCUCCAGUCAAAAGAGCGCUCGCUCACAGCCGCUCGCUACUCUAAAUACACUAACUAGAACCGAACGUUCACUGUUCGGCCUUCACUUCAGCUUCGACGAGGUUGGCGUCCUCCAAAUUUUCUUCUUCCAGCGUUUCUUCAAGUAACGCCUCACCAUCUGCUCACAUCCACACGGAUGAUCAUUGCAUUCGACAAGACGGGUAUACAUAGACGAGACAACACAAUGGAAAACGCAAGGGUAAGCUUAUUGAAUUUAAUUCAAGUCAAACAUACAGUUCAUGCAUACCAAACAUAUCAAUUUAUUCGUAAUACAUGCAUUCAAAUCAUACAUUAACUCAACCAAAUUCCUGAUACUAGACCGACCGUCCGGACUGUAUGAAACCUGUGUAGCUAAGGCGUCCGUGCACCCAGGUGAGUGACUGGAAUACUCAUCAGUAGCCACCUGAGGUUAGUCUUUUAUGUCCAAGUUACAGUUAUGGACUAGACCUCCUGCCAUUCCCCCGAAUGACAUACUCAUCUCUACUUGAGAACGAGCACUCACGGAAUAUCAGGAUGGAUCACCAUCUAAGCUUACCACGUUCAUACUACAAAUAUCAAUAUCCAGUCAAGAGUCGUUCCACCUUGGAACGCUCGUUCAAAUUCCAAAAUCAUAAUAUCAUUUCAUAUAUGGUUCGCACAUUUUAUACUUCCCUCAACAUCACAUUUUCACUCUUAGUUAUAUUGCCAUAAAAAGACGAACGUUAUUUGAAAUCAAGACGAACGCUAUUUAAAGAUCAAUAAUUAUUCAAUUAGUACGAGCGCUGGAUAGGAGACCUUGCGCGAUUUAAAACGAACGCUCGUUAUAAGGCCGAACGCUAUCAAAGACUAACGCUCGACAGAGGGUCGAACGCUAUCAAGGAUGAACGCUCGACGAGGGUCGAACGCUAUCAAGGACGAACGCUCGACAUAAGGUCGAACGCUAUUAAAUACGAACGCUCGGCAAAAGAACGAGCGCUAUCAAGAACGAACGCUCGACAUAAGGUCGAACGCUACCAAAGAAGAACGCUCGACAUAAGGUCGAACGCUACCAAAGAAGAAUGCUUCGACAUAAAGUCGAACGCUAUCAAAGACGAACGCUAAAUUAGCAUUUCAAAUGGGAACGCUCGUUCUAAGACAGAAUCCUUUCCAAAUGAAAGAAUUUCACUCUAAAUCAUUUUUUAGAGAAAAACGAACGGUAUAUGACCGUACAAGGACGAGCGUAUUUUAUCAGAGAAUAUAAUAUUUUCCAGAUUUUUCAGUUUUCAAUAACUUUACAGAUUUCAUACGAUUCAUAACUUAUAAUUUCUCUCCACCAUAAUCUCAUACAUUACAAAAUUCAUAUUAUCAUAUCUCAGUUCAUACUUUAUACAUAGUAUCAACAUAUCAAAUUACAUACUUUAUAAGAUUCUCAUUAAUCAUCCAUACCAAGCAACCAUCAGCAUAAGUAUCACCCAAUGCAUACCACAUUCAUUCAGUGUAACAGCGAUCGUUCAUACUAAUACAACAGCAUACAAUUCAUGCAUACAAUCCAUACCGAACAUUGCAUACAACUCACAUUAUAAAUUAAAUCACAAUAAGCUUCCCUUACCCGGAUUAAGCAGCGUGCUUUUGUUCUUCAAAAAGAACACAAGAUUCCAGUAUACUCUUCUACCCUUAACGUUCAAAACCCCAAAACUCUUCCAACUAAAAUUACAGGAAACCAAUAUUGGUUCAGAGACGGUGCAUGCAGAUUAAAACGAAGCUUGCAUGUUGAAAAUGAAGAGUGGUUGAGGACGUGAAACUUACCCGUUUCAGAAUCCCAAAACCAAUCGGUUUGAUGGAAAGCUCACGGUGCAGGGACGCUUCUCACGGUGCUGAAACGUGAACGGAGCAAAGGAGGGUGAGCUGCAGAAGAGAGAAGAAGAAAGGUCUCUAGAGAGAGAAUGGAGAAUUUAGGAGAUCAGAAAUUUGAGGAAGAAGAUGAAAUGCACAGAGAAAGGGAAAGAGUUUUCCAGAAAAUCAUUUCUUUCCCCACGCAGGACGAUCGUCCAACCGCCUGCUGCCACUUGGAUUCCAUUAACGUUUUUAGAACGUUCCAAAAUGACACUUGUCAGCAUGCAUGCAUUGUGAACGUGAGUGCGUUUUAAACGAAGGGUGUGCGUCUCAAUGGAGGUGUAUGCGUGGCAAGGUGCAUUUAUGAAAGUAGAGAGGUGAAUCAGCAGAAUAAUUAAUGGGGCGUGACAAUGCAUAACUUCAUUGAUUUCAAGUCACCUUAUAAACAGGUCCAAAGCCUCCUUGUCCUAACUUAUUCUCCGAUGAAAAUCCGUUUGUUGCUUCCAUAACUGAUGUAUAAUUAAACACUGUUAGGCCAUGUCCCUUUUUUAAAUCAUCUUCAAAAUCUUCCAUUGCAGAUGACCGACUAUAAGUUGCCAAGUAUGCCAUCUUCGUCACCUUCCUUCGACUCUUCUUCUCUGUUUGAUGAAUGUGAGAAAGAUUAAAAUAUAUAUAAAGUAUCAAAAGACUGAGCUUAGUGCUGUAUGUAGUAAUCUGAUUUUGAAGUACGUAACAACCUUGAAACACAUAUUUUCUCUUCUUUAAGGCUAGACAAAUAGUCAAUAGACAAAUUGCAAGUAGAGCUGCUGCUGCUACUGCAACUAUCCAUGUCCACUUUUUUGUACCUGCAUAGAAUUUUUACUUAAGUAACAAUGGAUAUUGUUGUUAUAAGUUUUGCAAAGACUGCUUUCUGUUAGCCAACACACAAUCUUGACUGUACGUGAUUAAGGUAUAUAAACAACCUGAUUGAAUUAAAUUUAUCAAAAUAUUAUGUUUUGUGAUGUACAAAAUUGAUUUUGAAGUACAUAACUACCUUGAAACACAUAUAUUCGUUUCUUUACGGCUAGGCAAUUAGUGAAUAGGCAAAUUGCAAGUAGAGCAGUUCCAAAUCCACUUUUUUUACCAGUGUAGAAUGUUUACAAUUAAUAUUGUAAUUUUUCAACAAACAGCAAUGACUGGUUUCUCUUAGGGGACAAACAAUCUUUAGUGUAUGUGACUACAUUAAAAAAAUAACCGAUUGAGUUAAAAAAUUAGAAAAAAUCGUACAUAAAGUAAACAGUAGUAUAAACUAAAGAAAUUAAUCGAACAAUAUAUUUGACUUACCCUUAUGAAGAGACAACGUGUUCACUAGCAAGUAUAAUUCGUAACCUGUACGGUUAUAAGUAAAAUUUUCUGCUGAAAUCAAGUGAAAGAAUAUACAUCCAGUUUCAUUUGGGUUAAAAUCCAUGAAUCCAAUGCAAGUACAAUUGCUCUAGCAACUGGCCUCACAAUCACUGUGACCAUAACUUAUAUUUUCUUCAGCGUUUACAUUGUUAAAUCUGAUGAAACCAGUAUGUUUCUGAAAUACAUCACCAGGAUUCCUACACUUGGGUAUAUCCUGCCAUCUUUGGCAACCUCCGUCAGUAUUGUUAUAUCCAUAACACAAAUCAGCCCUUGCAACAUAUACUUCACCAUCAAAUAUGCUGCAGAAUUCCAAAGCAAAAGUUGGAGUGUCAAGCUGUGAAGCUUGUCGUAAGAUUUGGAAUGACCCUUCUUCACGUUUUGUGAGUACAUCCUUCUAACAGAUCCAAUGCGUGUCACGUUUUAAUUUCAGAACUUAGUGUUAUGUUGCUAUUUCUUUUUCUUAUGUUCCAGAAAGAAUAACUCUCAGCUCACCACUUGUGCAAACCAUCGUGCAACUUAGUCUCUCCAUAUUUGAAGCAUCCUAUCAGGCAUAAACCACAGAAUCUGCUUGCUUUCAUGUACUUGUGGUUGUGGUGGAGUACUCGUAUUCAUGUUGAAGCAGCAAAUGACACUUUAAAUCCUGGUGGUACACUGAAUUACACAACAACAGGAAUAUGUUCAAAAAAGGUCACAUAUUGUCUAGGUUUUAUUCAGCUUACUGGUGGUGAGAACGUAUACUUGGUUAUAAUUUCAAAUAAAAGUCCUGAAGUUUGGAUGAAAAACCGACCUGUUGACAAGGACUCUGCAGUUUUGUCACUUAACCGCUCAGGGGUGCUGAAAAUUGAAUCUCAACACGGGAAGCCAAUAAUCCUGUAUUCUCCACCAAAAGCUAUCUACAACACUAAGGCCACUUUGUUGGACACAGGCAACUUUGUGCUUCAACAACUUCACCCUAAUGGAACAAACACUCUCUUGUGGCAGAGUUUUGAUUAUCCCACUGACACUUUGCUCCCCACCCAGAAGUUAGGUGUUAAUCACAAAACAGGCCAUCGUUGGUUAGUGUUUUCAUGGUUUACCAAUGCACUUGGCCCUCCCGGUGCCUUUAGCCUUGAAUGGGAACAUGUUGAACAAGAAUUGAUCGUAAGGAGACGGGGAAAAGUUUGUUGGCGAAGUGGGAAACUGAGGAACAAUAGAUUUGAGUACAUUUCAGAGGAUGCGCAACGCAGGUUGAAGUACACCCUUGUGUCUAAUGGGGACGAAAACUCCUUCUCUUUCACAACUGCAAAAAAUGAAGACCCUGUUCGAACGUGGACGUUAUCAAAUCAUUUGCUCAUAUUUGAUGGUGAAGUAUAUGUUGCAAGGGCUGAUUUGUGUUAUGGAUAUAACAAUACUGACGGAGGUUGCCAAAGAUGGCAGGAUAUACCCAAGUGUAGGAAUCCUGGUGAUGUAUUUCAGAAACAUACUGGUUUCAUCAGAUUUAACAAUGUAAGCGCUGAAGAAAAUAUAAGUUAUGGUCACAGUGAUUGUGAGGCCAGUUGCUGGAGCAAUUGUACUUGCAUUGGAUUCAUGGAUUUUAACCCAAAUGAACCUGGAUGUAUAUUCUUUCACUUGAUUUCAGCAGAAAAUUUUACUUAUAACCGUACAGGUUACGAAUUAUACUUGCUAGUGAACACGUUGUCUCUUCAUAAGGGUACAAAAAAGUGGACAUGGAUAGUUGCAGUAGCAGCAGCAGCUCUACUUGCAAUUUGUCUAUUGACUAUUUGCCUAGCCUUAAAGAAGAGAAAAUAUGUGUUUCAAGAGAAGAAGAGUCAAAGGAAGGUGACGAAGAUGGCAUACUUGGCAACUUGUAGUCGGUCAUCUACAAUGGAAGAUUUUGAAGAUGAUUUAAAAAAGGGACAUGGCCUAACAGUGUUUAAUUAUACAUCAGUUAUGGAAGCAACAAACAGAUUUUCAUCGGAGAAUAAGUUAGGACAAGGAGGCUUUGGACCUGUUUAUAAGGGAAUUCUUCCAACAGGGCAACAGAUUGUUGUAAAAAGACUUUCAAAAACAUUUGGACAAGGAAUUGUGGAGUUUAAGAAUGAACUAACACUAAUAUGUGAACUUCAACACAUGAAUCUUGUACAACUACUUGGUUGUUGCAUUUAUGAAGAAGAGAAGAUUCUAAUUUACGAGUACAUGCCUAAUAAAAGUUUGGAUUUCUAUCUAUUCGAUGGUACAAGAGGCAAAUUACUAGAUUGGAAGAAGCGCUUCAAAAUAAUAGAAGGAAUUUCUCAAGGAUUACUUUAUCUUCACAAGUAUUCAAGACUCAAAGUCAUUCACAGAGACAUGAAAGCUAGCAACAUUCUUUUAAAUGAAAACAUGAAUCCAAAAAUUUCAGAUUUUGGAAUGGCGAGAAUAUUCACACAACAUGAAUCAGCCUCAAAUACCAACAGAAUUGUUGGAACACAUGGUUACAUGUCUCCAGAAUAUAUGAUGGAAGGAGCUUUCUCUACAAAGUCUGAUGUGUAUAGUUUUGGAGUGUUGUUACUUGAAAUUGUUAGUGGAAGAAGAAGCCUUGGUUGCUAUGAUGUUGAUCGGCCAUUAAAUCUAAUAGGACAUACAUGGGAGUUAUGGAAAGAAGGUGCAUGUUCAGAGUUAGUUGAUCCAUCAAUAAAGGAGUCUAUUGAUCCUGAUGAAGUACAAAGAUGCAUUCAUAUUGGUCUGCUGUGUGUAGAACAUUAUGCAGAUGAUCGACCCACCAUGUUUGAGAUUGUAUCAAUGUUGAAUAACAAAAGUGCAAUAGUUUCCUUACCUCAAACACCAGCAUUCUAUGUCGGAAAAAAGAUCCUUCAUGAAAAUUUAUCUUCAAAGGGGUCUUGUACUGAUUCUGCAUUAGAAAUUACAGCUUCUACAAUAGACAUGACUGAUUCCUAAGAAAUCGAAUCAAGGUGAGCACUUUUCAUAUUUUAAUUACAGUGUGAUGAAGUACACUGAUCUUUUCCUUUUUUCUUGACACGUGCAGACAAAGACCAUGCAUCUUACAUGCAGAAUUCCAAAGCUGAAGUUUAAGCUUGAAAUAAGAUUUAGAAUGACUUUGUUUCAAGCUGUGAGUUUGGUUUAAAUUUCAGAGCUCGUUUAACUUUAUUUUCUCAUUUAUUUUUCAAGUGUAUACCACAAGAAGCACACUCUCUCGUCCCUUGUGCAACCCUCCCUCCUGCUGAUUACACUUUCCAUAUUUGAAGUAUGAUAUCUUCUUUAUAUUUAUAUUAAAGCAGAACAACAGUUUAAAGUAGAAACGGCCAAUUCUCGUACAACAUUUCGAUAAAGUAUCCAAUUUUAAAAAACGGUCUUCUAACUUCUGUCACCGCU